CUAUACAUGUAUACAAGAAUUAACCCUCAAAACCAUGAGUUACACUAUUAAGUAUUAACAGAUAGAAACAAACAUUCUUCAGGACUUUUAAAGUAGUGUUGACUUUCAAAGGAAACAUUACAACAUCAUUUCUGUACAGAAAAAAAAUUCAUCACAAGUAGUUGUUUUAUUUCAACAGGAUCACAAACAUGGAGGGGGAAGCAUCAAAAAGGAUUGCUGUAGUGACUGGUGGAAACCAAGGGAUUGGGUUGGAAAUUGUGAAGCAGCUUGCAAGCAAUGGAAUCAUGGUGCUGUUGACUGCUAUUGAUGAGAAGAGAGGCACUGAAGCUGUUGAGAAGCUCAAAGAUUCUGGCUUCUCUGAUGUUGUUUCUCAUCAGUUGGAUGUGUCUGACACUGCUAGCGUUGCCACUUUUGCUGAUUUCAUCAAAACCCAAUUUGGAAAGCUUGAUAUCUUGGUUAACAAUGCUGCAGUCCUUGGAAUCCUUUUAGACCUUCAGGAUUUAGAUUCAUCAACAAAAGAAAGCAUGAAGCAAGGUGGGUUGCCGGUUUUCUUGAAGCUAUUAGCUGCAGCUGUUGAGGAUUAUGAGAAGGCAGAGGAAUGUUUGAACAUUAACUAUUAUGGCACCAAGAAAGUAAUAGAUGCUCUCAUGCCACUUCUUCAAUUAUCACACUCGCCAAGAAUUGUAAAUGUUUCAUCUGACGGUGGAAAGCUUCAGCGUAUUCCUAGUGAGCGCAUUAGAAGAGAAUUCAGUGAUGUAGAUGGCUUGAGUGAAGAGAAAUUGGAUGAACUGUUGCAACAGUUUUUAAGUGAUUUCAAAGCAAAGAACUUGGAGGAACAUGGCUGGCCAACACCAGUAUCUGCAUACAGAAUCUCAAAAGUAGCUUUGAAUGCACUUACGAGAAUUCUCGCAAAGAAGUAUCCCAAAUUCUGCAUCAACUGUGUACAUCCUGGCUUUGUGAAAACUGAUAUAACUUUUAAUGCUGGGACUGAAACUGUUGAGCAAGGUGCAAAAGGUCCGGUGAUGUUGGCUUUGCUUCCUGAUGGUGGCCCUUCCGGGUUUUUCUAUGAUCGUACAUCGGUAUCAACUUUUGUUAACAAUGCUGAAGUUAAUGGAUUUGAUGUAGGUGUUGAGGAUUCAGAUUCAUCGUCCGGAGUUACAGUCAAAGAAAUCAAUGGGUCUGGUUCCCUAACAGCAAAGGCACUAAAAUAUCUUCCAAGAUUUACUCUUUCUUCAAUCACAGAUGGUCAUUUGGUGAACAUUGGGAUGGUUGGGGUUGCUGUGGUUGUACGGCGUUCUCAGGUUGUACUUCAAAGGGGGAUGAACUACAAGGUCAGGACCACAUUGUCUUCCUGUGCUGAGCUUGUUAAGGCGUUCCGGCAAGAGAAUUUUUUGGAAGAUUGGAGGCUUAGGCAUCAGUUUCUUCAAGUCAAAAGCCUUCUAGCUGAGUUGGUUGACCAGGCAAGGAAGUCUGGGAUAACGGAGAUGAGCAGCUUAGUUGAGAAAAAACAAAAGUCUGAAGCAUUCAUAAGUCUCUGCGAAGCAAGGAUUGCUGUAGUGACUGGUGCAAACAAAGGGAUUGGGUUGGAGAUUGUGAAGCAGCUUGCAAGCAAUGGAAUCAUGGUGUUGUUGACUGCUAGGGAUGAGAAGAGAGGCACUGAAGCUGUUGAGAAGCUCAAAGAUUCUGGCUUCUCUGAUGUGGUUUUUCAUCAGUUGGAUGUGUCUGACAGUGCUAGCAUUGCCUCUUUGGCUGAUUUCAUCAAAACUGAAUUUGGGAAGCUUGAUAUCUUGGUUAACAAUGCUGCAGUCAACGGAAUAUCUAUAGACCUUCAGGAUUUAGAUUCAUCAACAAAGGAAAGCAUUGAGCAAGGUGGGUUGCCGGUUUUCUUGAAGCUAUUAGCUGCAGCUGUUGAGGAUUAUGAGAAGGCAGAGGAAUGUUUGAACAUUAACUAUUAUGGCACCAAGAAAGUAAUAGAUGCUCUCAUGCCAUUUCUUCAAUUAUCACAUUUGCCAAGAAUUGUGAAUGUUUCAUCUGCAGGUGGAAAGCUUCAGCAUAUUCCUAGUGAGAGCAUCAGAAGAGAAUUCAGUGAGGCAGAUGACUUAAGUGAAGAGAAAUUGGAUGAACUGUUGCAACAGUUUUUAAGUGAUUUCAAAGCAAAGAACUUGGAGGAAAAUGGCUGGCCAACAAAAAUAUCUGCAUACAUAAUCUCAAAAGCAGCUUUGAAUGCACUUACGAGAAUUCUUGCAAAGAAGUAUCCCAAAUUCUGCAUCAACUGUGUACAUCCUGGUUUUGUGAACACCGAAAUGAGUUUUUAUACCGGGACUGAAACUGUUGAAGAAGCUGCAAAAGGUCCGGUGAUGUUGGCUUUGUUUCCUGAUGGUGGCCCUUCGGGGUUUUUCUAUGAUCAUACAUUGGUAUCAACUUUUGAAUAAAUUGUUAUGUUAAUGCUGUUGAAGUUUGCUA